GCCGAGAGUAAUGUUAGAGAGCUGAGGACUGAAGACACUGCGUAUCGCCCGUGUUCUCUCACACACAGCCAUUGCAGAGCAUUGAGAUCCAGCCAUAGUCCGUUGAUACUGCCGUCAAGAUGGUGAGAGAGCCAGGAAAGCCCAGGGGCAAGAUGUCCUCCUAUGCAUAUUUUGUCCAGACCUGUCGGGAGGAGCACAAGAAGAAACACCCCGAGGCUUCUGUUAACUUUUCGGAGUUCUCCAAGAAGUGCUCCGAGCGAUGGAAGCCGAUGACUCUUAAGGAGAAAGGCAAGUUUGAGGACCUGGCCAAGCAGGACAAGGUCCGCUAUGAGAGGGAGAUGAUGAGCUACGUUCCACCCAGGGGAUCCAGGACUAAGAAGUUCAAGGACCCCAAUGCUCCCAAGAGACCCCCAUCUGCCUUCUUCGUCUUUUGUGCGGAGUAUCGCCCUAAGGUGAAAGGCGAGACUCCUGGUCUGACCAUUGGAGAUGUUGCCAAGAGGCUGGGCGAGAUGUGGAACGGCACCGCUUCAGAGGACAAGAAGCCCUUUGAGAAGAAGGCGGCUAAACUGAAGGAGAAGUAUGAGAUUGACGUUGCAGCGUACCGCGCUAAGACCAAACCAGGCGCCGCCGGGGCAGCAGCGGCAGCAUCAAAAGCCCCGGCCAAGGUAGAGAAGAAGGUGGAAAACGAUGAUGACGACGAUGACGAGGACGACGACGAUUUUGAUGAUGAUGAUGACUAGUAGCUGGCGGGUGACAUAUGUAGUGGUCAUGUUCUUGUUUAUAAAGCAUUUAAACCCCCUUGUACACACUUCACGUACUGAAAGAAAAUAUGUUAGUAUCCAAGGGGUAGUAAAAAAAGCAACAAAAAAGGCUGUGUAUAUCAGUUGUUUUUAUGCUGUACAGUUUUGUUUUUUUCUCCUUUUUGUAGAGUUGACAGUACACAAGUAGCGUGUCUGUAUCUUUCUGCCAGUCUUAUUUUUUUCAGUGAUAGUUCCUAGACCACUAUUCUGCCUGGUUCAGUGUAAAGGGGUGGGCUUGCAGUAUUUAGCCUAGCUUGAGGUGCACAGCACAUAAAAAAACAGUCUGACUUAGAUCUGAGUGUUUCUUCUUUUUUUUGUUUCCCCUUUUCCUGUGUGUUUUUAUUUGAAAUGACAUGUUAUCAAAAUUGACGUAUCACAGUUGUUUUACUGAUCUUUAUGUACCACUGUAAUAGCAAGAAUAAGAAAAAAACAGCUUGUUUGUUGUUGGAAUUUAAAUUGCUUCUGAUGUCAAUAAACCUUUUUUUUUUUUUUUUAAUGUGUUUUGAAUUGUGUGUGUGUGUGGGGGGAGGGUGUCUUAUAAGGUCUUGCUCAUGUUUCCUCCUCCAAAAAUUAAAUGUCUUGAUCAGAGCAGACUCAUUUAAAUAAACAUUAAUACUAUAA